AUGAAGGAAGUUUUUAAAGUCACGCAAGCAAUGAACAAUAAUGCUGUAUUUGCAAUUAAUUUAAAAAGAGAGGAAGUGAUUUUAGUUAAAGAAGGCAUAGGAUUUAAGUGUAAAAACAAGAUUGUAGUUGCCUCAAACGAUAUUCAGGUUUUUUCACCGCAAACGGCGCUUGAAAAAGAUAGAACAAUUGGACUGGCUAAGCAAAAAUUACAUUUAAAAUUUUCAAAUGGUUUAAUUUUCACUUUGGCAGAUCAUAUUAGCUUUGCGGUUGAAAGGUAUCGAAAUAAUGAAAAUAUUGAUUAUCUUGAUAAUGAAGAAAUUAAGCAAUUCUUUCCUGAAAUCUAUAAAUUUAGUCAAAAAACAGUCAAAACAAUUAACAAAAGGUUUGAUGUUGCUUUAAAAGAAAGUGAAGCAGUGAUAACUUCGGAAAUAAUGCACAUUAUUGAAAAUGAUUAUGAAGAAAAAAUUGAUCGUAAAUCAAUUAGCUAUUCAAGAAUGAUUGUUCAUAUCAGAUAUCUGGUCUCUAGUAUUCUACAAAAAGAUUUGGUUAAAAAUGAGGUAAUCAAGAAUAAGCAACUGGAACACUACCCUGAUAAAGCACAGACGGAAAAGAUUAAAAAGGUGCGCGGUGUGUUGGGCGCAUUAUAUAAAAUGGGUCAGUAUCAAAUUGUUUUAGGUGAAAAUGUAGGAGUAGUUUUUGACUUUAUUGCUAAAAACUAUGGAAUUAAAAGUGAAGAACUACAAGGUGUUGAUCAAGAAGCU